AUGAUGAUCGGAUCUUGGCAUGUUUACAAGGCUUUAACUCCAACCUCUAAUAAAUCUCAAGAAUUAAUUGAUAAUCAACAAAGCGAAGACGAAUAUUAUUAUAGUGAAAUGGCUGCAUUUAAUCGACAAAAUGGAAAUACAAGUGAAACACGAUCAAUUGGUGGUGGUAGUUUAACAGAUGAUGAAUCAAAUAUAUCAGAUAAAAUACGUACAAAUUUAAUAAUUAAUUAUUUACCACAAACAAUGACACAAGAUGAAAUCAAAGAUUUAUUUGGUACAAUUGGUGCUAUUGAAUCAUGUAAACUUGUACGAGAUAAAACAACAGGUCAAAGUCUUGGUUAUGGUUUUGUUAAUUUUAUUCGUAUUGAAGAUGCUGAUAAAGCUGUUAAAACAAUGAAUGGUCUUCGAUUACAAAAUAAAACAAUUAAAGUUUCUUUUGCUCGUCCCUCUUCGGAGUCAAUCAAAUUUUCCAAUCUUUAUAUUUCAAAUCUCCCACGUUCGAUGACUCAGCAGGAACUUGAGAGUAUGUUUGCUGAUUUUGGUUGUAUUAUUUCGUCGAAAAUUCUUUGCAAUCCGAAAGCAGGUACAUCAAAAAGUGUAGGAUUUAUUCGUUUUGAUCAACGAUCAGAAGCUGAAGUGGCUAUUAGUAAACUUAAUGGCACUAUUCCAAAAGGUUUUGCCGAUCCAGUAAAUGUGAAAUUUGCUAAUACACCAAAUGCUGCUAAAUCCAUGAUUGGUCUACCAUUAGCACCAUCUUAUUUAUCCGGUAUUCCAACACCACAACAACCUGUACUUACAACUGUACCAUCUAUUCGUCAACAAUUAAACAGGUACAGAGAAACGCACGAACGAUCAAAAUAUCGAUAUUCACCUUUAUCACCUGCUGAUUUCUUUGCUGCUGCUGCUACAGCUUCUUAUUUACCGGCUGCUGCUGCUGCAGCAGCAUCAGCUACAACAUUAUCACCAACAACUGAUAUAGCAGCUGUUGGUUGGUGUAUAUUUGUUUAUAAUUUAGCACCUGAAACUGAAGAAAGUAUUUUAUGGCAAUUAUUUGGACCAUUUGGUGCUGUACAAAAUGUUAAAAUAAUUCGUGAUUUUCAAACACAAAAAUGUAAAGGUUUUGGUUUUGUAACAAUGACUAAUUAUGAUGAAGCUUUAAUGGCAAUUAAUUCACUUAAUGGUUUUACACUUGGUAAUCGUGUAUUACAAGUAUCAUUUAAAACAAAUAAACCAAUACCUAUUCGUGCUUUCUAG